AAUUACGUGGCAACGUUGACAGUUGUGGUGACACAAUCAAAAUAGACACUUUCAUUUACGUACGUGGAUAUCAGCAAGCGACCAAAUUGUGUGCUCAACUAGAAAAAGGAUUUUCCAUCGCUUCGUGUGCCGUUGUAUAGUGCGUAGGGUACACAAAAUUAUGUUAAUAGCUUGAAAGUGCAUUCUCAUUGUGUGGAGUUUCUGCGUUCGUGCGGUAAACCGCUGAUAGUGACAGGGGAAAAAGAGAAGAUUGUAGUUUGUAAUAUUAUCAACGUGUGCAACAUAAUCCAACAGUAUGAAUCCGCAACUGGCGUAUGGGCAAUAUCCGCCGCAAAGCUGGCCACAACAGCAAGUCGCUCCACAGGCGGGAGGGCCCCCACCAGCGCCGAUGGCAAGCAUGAAUGGAACACAACCCAAUCAUCAAUUGCCUAAUCAGAUGCAAAAUAUGUCUUUAUCGGGUCCUCCACCACCCCAACAGCAGCAGGGUCCACCAAAAAUGGCUGCACCGAAUAUGAAUGGUCCCGCCGUGGCAGCACAGCCACCACCGUCCACUUUUUCGAAUCAACAGGCUCCUAUGGUACGUCCACCGUCAACCGGUGGUCAAGUACCGGGUGGAUAUGGUCCAGCAUCUCAGCAACAGUCACCACAACAAGGACCACCCAUGAUGAGUAAUGGACCGUCUGGGCCACCGCCUGCCGGUGGUGUUAGACCUCCGGCACCAUUGGCCGGUGGAUACGGUCAAACCAAUGGCCAUCAAAUGGCUCCUCCAGCACAACAAUUUGGAGGUUCCGUGCCACCGAUGGCUGCUCCAGGUGGAGGACCUCCACGCCCUGGCCAACCGUUUCCACCUCAGCCAGCCGCUUUUCAACAACAGGCGCAACCCGCCGGCUAUCCAACGGCUGCUGGUGGUGGUGCACCACCACAAACACAGGGCGGUCCUUAUGGAGCGCCCCCGGGUGGACCGCCGCCUGCACAGCCACAGCAACAGUUUCAAGGAUCGGGAAUGCCGGGACAAUCGAUGCCUCCGCAGCAGCAACAGCAACAGCAGCCACCCCAAGGUUAUCCGGUCCAGCCGGGUCAGAUGCCACCGAUGGGUGGUGGUCAAAUGCCUCCAAGGGGAUAUAAUCAAAUGCCGCCCGGUGCAGGAUAUAAUCAAAUGCCUCCAAUGGCUGGCCAGCCUCACCAGCAGCAGCAGCAGCAACCACAGCAUCAGCUUCAUCAACACCAGCAACCGUCGUACCAUCAAGGUGGACCGGCAGGUAUGAUGGGUGGUCACUAUCCAGCACCACCACCGGUACCACAGCAGAAGCGCCUCGAUCCGGAAUCGAUGCCCAAUCCCAUCCAGGUGAUGGCGGAAAAUCAGGAAAACUGUGGUGGCAUCUUUUCCACCAAUCAGCCCGGCCAGUUGCCACCGCUCGUGACGACCAAGUUCGUCACGCAGGACGAGGGCAACGCAAGCCCCCGUUUUGUUCGUUCGACGAUGUACAACAUUCCGCAGACGGCUGACAUGAUGAAGCAAAGUGCUGUCCCGUUUGCGCUUAUUAUUUCCCCCUUCGCUCGCACGGUCGAAGGUGAGUUGCCGAUCCCGAUCGUGGACUUUGGCGAGAUGGGUCCGAUACGGUGCAUACGCUGCAAAGCAUACAUCUGCUCCACGAUGCAGUUCCUGGACGGCGGACGUCGCUUCCAGUGUCAAUUUUGCAAGGCAACGACCGAGGUGCCGCCCGGAUACUUUCAGCAUCUCGACCACACGGGCCAGCGGAUGGAUAAGUACGAACGGCCGGAGUUAGUGCUCGGUACGUACGAGUUUGUCGCAACGAAGGAAUACUGUCGCAACAGUACGCCACCGAAACCGCCGGCAAUGGUGUUUCUGAUCGACGUGUCGUACAACAAUGUAAAGUCCGGACUGGUACAGCUGCUGUGCGCGCAGAUGAAAAACAUAAUACGCCACCUGCCGGUGGAUCAGAACCAACAGCGCACGGCGAUGAAGGUCGGCUUCAUCACGUACAACAGUUCGGUGCAUUUUUACAAUCUGAAAAGUUCGCUCGCCCAGCCACAGAUGAUGGUGGUUGGUGAUUUGCAGGAGAUGUUUAUGCCACUGCUCGAUGGGUUCCUGGUAGAUCCGGAGGAAUCGGCCACCGUGAUCGAUGCGCUGAUGGAGCAAAUCCCGAAGAUGUUCGGUGAUACGCGCGAAACGGAAACGAUUCUCCUGCCGGCACUGCAAGCCGGACUGGAAGCGUUGAAAGCAUCCGAAUGCGUUGGCAAACUGUACGCGUUCCAUUCUUCGCUACCGAAUGCGGAAGCGCCGGGCAAGUUGAAAAUACGCGACGAUCGAAAGUUGCUCGGUACGGAUAAGGAAAAGACGGUGCUGACACCGCAAUCGACCGUGUACAACAUGCUCGCACAGGAAUGUGUUUUGGCCGGUGUGUCGGUGGAUCUGUUUGCAUUCAAUAAUGCGUACAUCGAUUUGGCUACGAUCGGACAGGUGGCCCGAUUGACCGGUGGUGAAGUUUACAAGUACACUUACUUCCAGGCGGACAUUGACGGUGCACGGUUGGUGAACGAUUUGCUGAAAAACAUUUCGCGCCCAAUCGCAUUCGAUGCGGUGAUGCGCGUACGUACAUCAACCGGUGUGCGUGCAACCGAUUUUUACGGUCACAUGUUUAUGUCGAACACGAAGGAUAUGGAAAUUGCCAGCAUCGACUGUGACAAGUCCGUAUCGGUGGAAAUUAAGCACGACGAUAAGCUGACGGAUGAGCUGGUGUUGAUACAGGUAGCGUUGCUGUACACCUCGUGUUCCGGUGUCCGACGGCUGCGCGUUCACAACCUGAACCUGAAGAUGUGCACAUCGCUGCUGGAUUUGUUCCGCUGUUGCGAUCUCGACACCACUCUGCUGUACUUUGCCAAGCAGGGCCUCACGAAGCUGAUGGACAACAAUCCGAAAGCGGUGAAGGAUGCAAUCGUGCACCGGGCAGUGCAGCUGCUCGCCUGCUAUCGCAAGCAUUGCGCUUCACCGACCUCUUCCGGACAGUUAAUUCUUCCGGAGGGUAUGAAGUUGCUGCCACUGUACGUGAACUGUUUGCUGAAGAAUGAUGCAUUUUCCGGCGGUUCGGACAUUUCUAUCGAUGAUCGGUCGUACGUGAUCUACUACGUGAUGAGUAUGGAUCUGCCCACCUCGGUGCAUUAUUUCUAUCCGCGCUUGAUUCCGCUGCAUGAUGUGCAAGUCGAGGGUGAAUCUGUCCCGGCGACUAUUCGUUGUACGGACGAUAAAAUGCUGGAGGACGGUGCAUAUAUUUUGGAAAACGGUGUUCAUAUGUUCUUGUGGUUAGGACUGUCGCUGUCAUCCGAGUUUACCCAAUCGGUAUUUGGUGCACAGUGCACACAGCAGAUUGACACUGAUCGUACGGGUUUGCCAGUAUUUGAUAAUCCUCUUUCGAAGCGUAUACGAGGUAUCGUGGACAAGAUCCAGGAACAAAAGCGUCGUUGCAUGCGGCUAACGCUUGUUAAACAGCGUGACAAACUCGAAAGCGUACUGCGCCACUUCUUAGUAGAGGAUCGUGGCACUACUGAUGGUUCCGUGAGUUACGUAGACUUCCUCUGUCACGUGCACAAAGAGAUUCGGCAAAUGCUGAGCUAGCUGGCCAACACCACUAGCAAUGGCAAUGCGAACAGCAGCAGCAGCAACGGUGGCAAUAUAGCAAACAGUUUUUUCUCUGGCGGAAGGUUUAGAUUUAACAACGGCAGUGGUGACGGCGGUAGCAAAGCGAUUGUCACUGCUGCCUCUACUAUUAAUACUACUUACAAUACUGCACGCAACACUGUUAUGGCCAACUGUAUCCAUCCCAAUAGCCGGGCCGGAACGAACGAUGUAAAUGGUAAUGGCAUCAUGCAGCAUGCACCGACAUCUGCACCCGGGCGGGAACCGAUGUCAUUGCCGGAACAACAAAACCGUCUUACAAUGGCGAGCACAUACCGAGGCACUAUGGUGCCACCGAAUAAUCGUUUCAAAUUUAUGAGUACAACACGUUGCGAAGGAUACGUUGGGAGCCGAAUUGCGUCCCGUUACGACGAGGACGAGGAGGAUGAAGAUGGCGGGGUGGAGGAUGUGGAUCCCGAUGGUACAAUUCCGGAAGAAGAUGAGGACGAGGUGGAAGAGGAUGUGGAUGAACAGGGAAACAAUGCGGUCGAACAGUACCGAGCAUGGCAUCAUCAUCAUCAUCCUCCUUCAGCUUCUCAACAAUUGCAAAGCUCGCGUGAAGAAAUUCGUGGAAGCGUGUCACAGACACGCACCCGUGCAAAUCGCUAUCGACGCGCCUUCGGUGGCAGAUGGUAGAGCGAUAUUAAACUGUGCGUACGGAACAUUCGGUGAGAAAUGGUAAAUUUUUUUUUCACCCAACAUGAUAAAUUAGCUAUCUAGGUUUUGUUAUAUUUGUCAGUUUUAGAACAAUCAAGUUCGGUAGAAACUAUUUUUUUUUAUUUUACGCGGUUCAGUUUCACUUCCAUAGCCCGUUUUGUAUUUUGUUAUAUUUAAUAUCUUUUAGUCUCCCACUAUAUCGUAUGGAUGCAAUUUGAUUUAAUCAAUAUUAUAUGCGAUGGUUCAUCAACCGAACGCCAUCAUAUAAUGGGCCUACCAAUGGGUUUUGAUGAUCACGUUAACCGAUUCUACCGUGCCAGUCGAAUGUUGUAAGCAUUUGGGAAAGUGAAACCAGUUGCACACUGGCACGACAGGCUAUAUAGGAGACAUAUUCGGCAAGAACUGGUAGAACGCUUUCGGAAAGGUGCACAGACACGUAAGAUUGUAUGUUGAUAUCGAUUUAUGAAUCCAAUGGUAUAUUAUAAAUAGCGAAAUAUAUACAAUUAAAUCUUUA